GCGCGAAGCUGGGUUAUGCCUCGGGCCGGGAAGUCGAGGGGCGCCGCGGGCCCUCAAGCUGGAUUUGGAGGAGAAACUGUUUGGACAGCAUCUGGCCACGGAAGUGAUUCUCAAGGCUCUGACUGGCUUCAGGAACAACAGAAAUCCCAAGAAACCUCUGACCCUUUCCUUGCAUGGUUGGGCUGGCACAGGCAAGAAUUUUAUCAGCCAAAUCGUGGCAGAAAAUCUUCACCCAAAAGGCCUGAAGAGUAACUUUGUGCACCUGUUCGUAUCGACUCUACACUUCCCUCAUGAGCAGAAGAUAAAACUGUACCAGGACCAGUUACAGAAGUGGAUCCGUGGUAACGUGAGUGCGUGUGCCAGCUCGCUCUUCAUAUUUGACGAGAUGGAUAAACUGCACCCCGGGGUCAUCGACGCCAUCAAGCCCUUUCUGGACUACUAUGAGCAGGUCGACGGCGUGUCCUACCGCAAAGCCAUCUUCAUUUUUCUCAGCAAUGCGGGUGGGGACCUCAUAACCAAGGUGGCCCUUGACUUCUGGCGGGCAGGAAGGAAGAGGGAGGACAUUCAGCUGAAAGACCUGGAGCCUGUGCUGUCUGUUGGAGUCUUCAAUAAUAAACACAGUGGCCUGUGGCACAGUGGGCUGAUAGACAGAAACCUCAUCGAUUACUUCAUCCCUUUCCUGCCCCUGGAGUACAGACAUGUGAAAAUGUGCGUGAGGGCCGAGAUGAGGGCCCGUGGCUCUGCUGUAGAUGAAGACAUUGUCACCAGAGUAGCCGAUGAAAUGACGUUUUUCCCCAAAGACGAGAAAAUCUACUCAGACAAGGGUUGCAAAACCGUGCAGUCUCGGCUGGAUUUCCAUUGAGCUCUGCCCCGGGCCGGUGGGAGGCGCCAGAGGCUCAGUGCGUAGGCUCUGUGUGGCAGGGCCCUGCCUUUCUGAAGCACUUUGAAGACCCUGCUGGGUUUUGCACAUUUGCACCUGUGGACAUCCGCGAUCUAGAAGAUUUUAAGAACUGGUUUUGAAAAGACACUUGUCUGUCAAGUGCACUGGCCAUUGUGCAGUGACAGGGUCCAGCUGCUGCCUGCAGCUGAGGAUGGACUUCGAACUUACCGUUCCUGACCCUGACAAAAGUGCCUGUAAAUAGUUGUGGGUGUGAGCUCGAGGAUGGCACCCACACCUCAGGGCUCCUGUGACCAGCAGGAUUCAUGGACCCCGCUGCAGUCUGGGGCAUUCCGUUUUCAUCUGCCUAGAACAUUCUUGCUCGGUUUCCUUCUCUGCACGGAGGGCUCCCCGACUCCAGUAUUUUCAGUUCCUGUAAGUGCAGUGUCACGGGGAGGACGUGGCCCUGCAGGCUGGGUGCUCUUGACCUUGGGUGAGCUGUCUGCGUGAGGGUGGGGGCCCCGCCUGAGGGCCCUGAAGCAUACAGGGACAUUCAGGACCGUCCUCGGCCCGUCACUCUGGCUGCCAAUCACAGCUCUGGUCUUGGAAUUCCUCUGCCCAUCUGCCCCGUGGCAUCGGCCCCAGCUGCCUUGUCCCGCAUCUCCUGAAUGUCAGUCACUACCAGAUUUCCCCAACGAACCAAAAUGAGACCGCUGGCUUUGAACUGGAGUCGUUGGUCCCCAUGGUGACACGUUGUCUGUUACACUCAAUGUGAGGGUUCGUCUCUCGCUUUACUCCAUAGAAAUGAUUGAAAUCCGUAGGACACUCAUUCUCUGCGGAUGCCACGUGCCCAGACUGGACAGUCACCUUGCAGAUUCUGCCUUGCCAAAGUGGGGUUGCUGUACCCUAGAAAUGCUGGAGUUUUCGAGGAUAUGUCUAUUUUUAAUAUUGUUUUUACCUCUGAGUCUUUAUUAUUAAUACAAGUAUAAGAUGUUGCUUAUUUUAAAAUGGGAAAGACACAAAAUGGAAUGUUUAUUCUCUUCUCAGAUGCUCUUAAAACAAGUGGUAUGAAUCUUCCUAGUUAAAUGUGAUUAAUAUAUGGCCACAAUUGCAGAUCAGACAAGGUCGGUGUGAAGUUGGGGCUGGCCCUGGGUGCCCUGUGUGAUAAUGAGCCCCUCCAGGGCAGUCAGGCGGUACUACCUGACCACUGGGAAGUAAGACUCAGGUCCCGGCCAGUGCAGAUUGUCUGGCUUCCAUAGUUCCAGUGCAGCUGCAGACAUGGGGUUAGGAUGUGCAGCACUUUUACAUAUAAAAUGUGGUAGACUGAAUAUUUUAUGACAUGGAAAUGUCUUACACGAUUAUCGCACUUGGUUUUUAAAAAAUAAUGCCAAAGUGAGGCUUAAAAUUUUUAGGACAUAUUUUCAGAUUGGAGCUAAGUUACAUUCUCCUACAACCUUUCUCUUACAACCUUCUGGGUGCCUGGCCAAGAGAUGGGGUUGUCUCUGUUUACAGUGAUGCAACAAUCUCAACACGUGUUGGCCACCUUUGGACUGCUGUUAGCGAUCCGUAACUUGAAAAGGCCUCAGUUGACCGCAGCCCAGCCUCCCCCACCCCUGGUAAGAUGUGGACAGGAGCUUGAAUUGACCUACUGAAUAUAAACUAAUAAAGCCUAAAUCAUGUCAUAUGAGA